UAGGAAGCCCUCGCCCCGCGGAGGCUGCGGGAGAGAGAGCGCGAUGGGCCGCGGCGGUGGGCGCACGCUCUACCGGGACUCAUGCCACGCGCGUUCCGGUCCGGCGCGCAAUUAGCAGCCACCUCCGCAGCCCACCGCCACCACCUUUUCGCCCUCCCGGGUGGCCGCGACGAAAAGCUGCAACCGUCGCCUCGCACAGGCUGCCGGCAUUGUCCUCCCGGUCCGCCGCCAAGGCUACCGCUUGCCGCCGCGGGUUGCUGCGGGGCCCGGGACCCGCGCCCCGGGGACGCGCCGCCUUCUUCGCCAGCCCGGCCCCCGGCUCCCGGCCCCCGUUUGGUGAUUUCUGAGCCCUGCGUUCCCUAGCCACUCUCUCCUAGGUUUUUCCUGCAAGGCUGAGGAAGAGAAGUCGUCCAGCCGCCAAGCCUAGGCUUUCUCCGGCGCGCAGCCCCGACGGGGCCGCGGCAAGCGCCGACGGAGCCAUGAGAGAGUACAAAGUGGUGGUGCUGGGCUCGGGCGGCGUGGGCAAGUCCGCGCUCACCGUGCAGUUUGUGACGGGCUCCUUCAUCGAGAAGUACGACCCCACCAUCGAGGACUUCUACCGCAAGGAGAUUGAGGUGGACUCGUCGCCGUCGGUGCUGGAGAUCCUGGACACGGCGGGCACCGAGCAGUUCGCGUCCAUGCGGGACCUGUACAUCAAGAACGGCCAGGGCUUCAUCCUCGUCUAUAGCCUCGUCAACCAGCAGAGCUUCCAGGACAUCAAGCCCAUGCGGGACCAGAUCAUCCGCGUGAAGCGGUACGAGCGUGUACCCAUGAUCCUGGUGGGUAACAAGGUGGACCUGGAGGGCGAGCGAGAGGUCUCGUACGGCGAGGGCAAGGCCCUGGCCGAGGAGUGGAGCUGCCCCUUCAUGGAGACGUCGGCCAAAAACAAAGCCUCGGUGGACGAGCUGUUCGCAGAGAUCGUGCGGCAGAUGAACUACGCGGCGCAGCCCAACGGGGACGAGGGCUGCUGCUCGGCCUGCGUGAUCCUCUGAGGCGCCCGCGGCUGCCGCGCGCCGGCCGCGCUCUGCGCACAAAAGCCAAACGCACCCGACUCUCUCAAUGUGAUUUCUCUUCUUGCUUUGAGAUUGGAGACGACUUUGCAUUGGCCAGGGUGUCCCGGGAGCCCGGCUGGCCUCUGCGGCCGGCGACCCCUGCCUCCGCCCCGUGUCCGAAGGGGUUCCCCCGUCCUCACCAUCCGAGACCCGGUGGAAAUGUGGCUUUUGGAAGCAUGUACGUUUCUCAUUGAUUUUGGUUGACGCAUAUUUCCCCGUUUAAAUAGCCGUUAGGGCGCUGUAUUGGCAGCUUGACACCAGCAAGCGAAAGUUUCAGCCUGGAAAAAAAAAAAAUGGGGUGGGGAGGAAGAGUACGGGGAGAAGGUGGAAAGGGAGGGGGGAUAUAUUUUUUUUUUUUUUCCCAACAACCCUUUUCUAGUUCCAAGUUUUAAAUACAUGGAAGGAAGUCCGGGAGAACCAAAUGAAGGAGCAGGAGGAAGGGAAGAAACUUUUGUUUUUUCCUUGUUUUCCAGGAGUAGCUGGAAAUUAAGAUCGGGUUCCUUUUCUGCCAGCUUGGAAGGGCAACCCUGUGACUGAUUGUGAUUCUAAGGAUGUCUAUGCAAAGUUGGAUUCUUGUUACAGUGUAUCCAAUCUGAAGUAUGCACAUCUGAACUGGGACUGUAAACACUGAUGCCAAUACAGUGUGGGGUGCCAGAAAGUGUCUGCUGAUAUUUGUGGAAAAAAAAAAUCUAUUUUGUUUACCUACUGUAUCAAAGGGAGUCUGGGGGAGAACGGUAGUAUUUUUUUUUUAUCAGCUGUGAAAAAAAAUGUUACAGAUCUGCACAUUUUUGUGUGUA